UCCCUCAUCCCUACAAUGAAAGACAUGUCUGUUGCAGCCAUGUUGGUUUUCUCUUGGUCUCUCGUGGCCCUGCUGCUGGUGUCCUCCUCCUGGGCUGAGGAAGAGGUUGCUGCUAAUGAAGAUGAUACGUCCAGGGAGCUUUCUGUCGGUGAACUGCUGGAGAGAGCAAACAGAGACCGCAACCCUGACUUCGAUGAGCCCACCCUGAUCGAGGGGGACAUCGCUGUAAAGUCUGUGGCCGACAGAAACGCUGACCCCUGCACCGCCACAGGCUGCCUGUGGCAGAAGUGGUCUGAUGGAAAGGUCUACAUCCCUUACUACAUCGCCAACCACUACUCCUCCCGUGAGCAGGCCAUCAUCAUUCGUGGACUGGAGUCUUUCUCUUCAGUUUCCUGCAUCCGUUUCCAACCCUACCAGGAUGGUGAUCAUGAGUGGCUGAGCAUCGAGUCCAGGGACGGCUGCUACUCCUGGGUGGGUCGUCAGGGCGGAAGUCAGACUGUGUCUCUGAGCCGCCAGGGCUGUCUGUACCACAGCACCAUCCAGCAUGAGCUGCUCCACGCCCUCGGCUUCAACCAUGAACAGACCCGCUCUGACAGGGACAGCUACAUCAGGGUGAACUGGGAAAACAUAAUUGAUGGCAUGGCGUACAACUUCGACAAGAUUAACACCCUGAACCAGGGAACUCCUUAUGACUACAACUCUGUCAUGCAGUAUGAAAAGUAUGCCUUCUCCAAGAACAACCGUCCCACUAUGGAGCCCAUUCCCAACGCCAAUGUGCCUUUCGGCCAGGCCACCCAGAUGAGCAAGAAUGACAUUGAGAGGCUGAACAGGCUGUACAAGUGCUGUAAGUAUUCUGAGCCUUAGCUGGAUCGAAGACAA